UAAAGAGGAAACCUCCUGGAAAAAUCUAAAAUUUGAGUUUCCUAAUUUUGUGUCGAGAAUCUGUAUACAAAUUUUGUUGCAUUAAUUUCAGUACAUCCUUUGGACAUAACGUUUUUUAUUCUUCUUGUUUAACCAAGCAUGAGCUGCAUAAGAGAUGACGAAAUCUGAAAGAAAACGCCUGAAACAACUUUUAUGUCUCAUCCAUGAAUUUCUCCCACUCUCCACUUCAUUCAGGAAAAAACAUUCAAAAUUCACAAUUAAAUAAUGUUUCCUUAAUCUUAUCAAAAGGAGUCGAUUGCAAAUUUUCCAUCGAGAUUUUCAGGGCGAACAUAAGUUUAUUGAUAAGCGUUUACAACGCAUAUUAAUUACAAGGCAUUCAAUAUGUCUACAUAUAAAAAAAAAUUUGAACCGCCAAAAAGAUACCUGAAGGCAUCGAGAAACAUUUGGAGCGAAUACACCGAUAUGGUCAGAACGCACAAACCGCUUGAUUUAACGCUUGGUUUUCCUGAUUUUCCGCCCCAGAAACAAGUAACCGACGCUUUGGCAAAGGUAGCUGACACAACUUACGAGCAAACCUACAAUCCAUUUGGUCAGACCAAUUUACUGAAUUCUUUAGCCGGACUAUAUACAAAACUAUUAAAACGUAACAUAAAUCCUGAAAAAGAACUCAUCACAAUGGCAACAGGUUGUCAGAGUUUACAUGUAGUGAUUAUGAGCUUAGUUGAAGAAAAUGACGAAGUCAUAAUAAUCGAGCCUUAUUUCAACUAUUACGAGAUCUUUGUGAAUAUAGCUGGCGGAAAAUGCAGAUUUGUUUCUCUUAGAUUUCCUACGGGCGACAAAAAAAAUGAAGGGCUUUGUACAUCAGGUUUUACUUUGGAUAACGAAGAACUCAGCAAUGCUUUCAACGAAAAAACUAAACUUUUCAUACUGAAUACGCCGAACAAUCCUUCAGGUAAGGUAUUCACAAAAGAAGAAUUAUCAGUUAUAGCAGACCUAUGUAAGAAGUGGAACGUUGUCUGCCUCGCUGAUGAGGUGUACGAAUUUUUUGUUUACCCUCCGCAUGAACACGUCAGAAUCGCAACAUUGUCAGGAAUGUGGGAAAGAACAAUAACGAUGAUCUGUCCUGGAAAAGCGUUUGGCGUGACUGGUUGGGAAUUGGGGGUGGCCUAUUCAUCUGAAGAAUUGAUAAGAAAGUUACAAAUAGCACAUCAAAAUAUAGUCCACGGCAACAACGUUCCUAUACAAGAAGCUUAUGCCAUCCUCUAUGAAAAAGUAAUUGAACAAUUUGAUGAAAGUAACAACUUAUUAAAUUCCCUAACUAAAGACUUGGUGCAUAAAAGAGACUCCAUGCUGCAUAUCUUGAAAAAAGUAGAAAUGGAACCUAAUGUUCCAGAGGGUGGUUUCUUCCUUUUGGCAAAUUGGUCUUCUUUUGCUGCGAAAGUAGAUUUUGUCUGCGACAGUAGUGAACCGAAGGAUUUUCAGUUUGCCAAAUGGAUGAUUGGAAAUAUUGGUUUGGCUACUAUACCAUUGAGUUCCUUCUAUAGUGUGAAGCAUAAGCAUUUAGGGGAAAAUUAUAUACGAUUAUGUUUCAACAAGAAACCAGAAACGCUCACAGAGUUUGCAAAUAUUAUGAAAAAAUAUAUCGAUGUAAACAUUAGUCAUAUCGAAUAGGAUCACAAUUCUUUUUUCUUCCAGUAAAAGGGAAAAUAUUUUUCGAUCUUCGAGAAACCAAAAAUGAAAUAAUAUUUUUUACUAUGUAGUUGUCUUAGCAAUAAAAACUGUUAUAAUUGAAUCAA